AUGAAAGUUCAUCCCGCCAAGUGCGUCUUCAGAGCCUCCUCCAUCGACUUCCUCGGUCACAGAGUCUUGUCGAGCGGCAUCCAACCCCUGCCACAGAAGGUAACUGCCAUCAAGGAGUUCCACAAACCUGAAACAGCGAAGAAGCUCCGAGAAUUCCUGGGUUUAGUCAACUACUACCACCUCUUCAUUGCCCAGGCUACUAACAUCCUCGCUCCUCUCCACGAUCUUCUCAAGGGACUCCCCAAGACGUCUCACAAGUCUCUCAUAUGGACUCAGGAGGCUUUUACAGCAUUCACCACUAUCAAGCUGGCUCACCCUGCUAACAACGCCCGGACCACUCACAACAGACGCUUCCCUACUGCCGUGGGCGCCGUCUUACAAUAG